UUUGAAAAGGAUCCAGGUAGGAAUUUUGGAUAUUAUACAUUUGAGAAGGAUCCAGGUAGGAAUUUUGGAUAUUAUAUGUUUGAAAAGGAUCCAGGUAGGAAUUUUGUAUAUUAUACGUUUGAGAAGGAUCCAGGUAGGAAUCAUGGAUAUUAUACGUUUGAGAAGGAUCCAGGUAGGAAUCAGGGAUCUUAUAUAUAUUUGAGAAGGAUCUAGGUAAAAAUGAUAGAUCUUAUACGUUUGAGAAGGAUCCAGGUAGGAAUCAUGGAUCUUGUAUGUUUGAGAAGGAUCCAGGUAGGAAUCAUGGAUCUUAUAUAUAUUUGAGAAGGAUCUAGGUAGGAAUCAUGGAUCUUAUAUAUAUUUGAGAAGGAUCCAAAUAGGAAUCAUAUAUCUUAUACGUUUGAGAAGGAUCCAAAUAGGAAUCAUGGAUCUUAUACGUUUGAGAUUGAUCCAGGUAGGAAUCAUGGAUAAUUUAUGUUUGAGAAGGAUCCAGGUAUGAAUCAUGGAUCUUACAUGUUUGAGAAGGAUCCAGGUAGGAAUGAUAGGUCUUAUACGUUUGAGAAGGAUCUAGGUAGGAAUCAUGGAUCUUAUAUAUAUUUGAGAAGGAUCCAGGUAGGAAUCAUAAAUCUUACAUGUUUGAGAAGGAUCCAGGUAGGAAUCAUGGAUAUUAUACGUUUGAGAAGGAUCCAUGUAGGAAUUAUGGAUCUUGUAUGUUUGAGAAGGAUCCAGGUAGGAAUCUUGGUACAUAUACCUUUGAGAAAGAUCCAGGUAGGAAUCAUAUAUCUUAUACGUUUGAGAAGGAUCCAAAUAGGAAUCAUGGAUCUUAUACGUUUGAGAAGGAUCCAGGUAGGAAUCAUGGAUCUUAUACGUUUGAGAAUGAUCCAGGUAGGAAUCAUGGAUCUUUUAUGUUUGAGAAGGAUCCAGGUAGGAAUCAUGGAUCUUAUACGUUUGAGAAUGAUCCAGGUAGGAAUCAUGGAUCUUUUAUGUUUGAGAAGGAUCCAAAUAGGAAUCAUGGAUCUUAUACGUUUGAGAAGGAUCCAAGUAGGAAUCAUGGAUCUUUUAUGUUUGAGAAGGAUCCAGGUAGGAUUAAUGGAUCUUAUACGUGUGCGAUCUGGUGAUGGAGACUGUGUUUGGGUUUGUGCGGGCAGUUGGCCCGAGGAGCGAGCAGAACGGCGUGGACCCAGCGUCCGUGGAGGUGAGCCUGCCCCUGGAGGAAGGGUCCGAGGUGCAGAUGGACGGUCUGGAGAGGACGUGCGAUGGGAAGUACAAGUGCAGCUUCUGCAGCUACGCCAACAAAGGCAUGGCUCGUCUGAUAGAGCACAUCCGCAUCCAUACAGGAGAAAAGCCUCACCGCUGCCAGCUGUGCCCGUUUGCCUCGGCGUACGAGCGCCACCUGGAGGCCCACAUGCGCUCGCACACCGGCGAGAAACCAUACAAGUGCGACCUGUGCGCUUUCCGCUGCAGCGACCGCAGCAACCUGUCGCAUCACCGCCGCCGGCGCCACAAGCUGGUGCCCGCCCGGGUGGCGCGCCCGCCCUUCGCCAGCAAACGAGGUCUGGCCACACUCCAGAAGAGGACCAGCUCGCUGGGUUUCGGCCGGCGCCUGCUCAUCAACUUCAGCCCGCCGCCCGUGCCCGUGCCCGUGCCCAAGCUGGACUACGCCAACGAGCUGCCGCACCAGCAUCACCACCACAUGCCAACCGGCGAGCACAGGAACCCCCCCAGGGUGUUCCAGAACGACUUCAACAGAGGCGCUAACGGUCUGACGUUCAACAACCCGCUGGAGCAGCUGGCGUCGCUCCAGCCCGUCGACCCCGAGGCCUCUCAAGCGUCGCCGGGCAUGGAUGAGAAGCCCAUCGUGAUACAGGAGGUCACGGGGGCGCGGGCCGUGCCGUGCCACAACGGCGUCCAGACUCGAACGCCCAAAAUGGAACACCCCGCCUCUGACCGCAGGAGCCCCGCGUCGGCGCACGGCUUGGACGCGAACGACGCCGCGUUGUGUGUCGGCAACAGCCGGCCCGGCACGCCGCUCGCCAACACGCCAGAGCGAGAGGACCCGCAGAGGUGCCCGCACUGCGACAUCCAAUUCCCAGACAACAUCCUGCACACCAUCCACAUGGGCUGCCACGUCUACGAACACCCCUUCCGCUGCAACAUCUGCGGACACACGUGCACGGACAAGUACGACUUUGCAUGCCAUUUCGCUCAAGGACAACACAAGAAGUGACUUUUCGACGUUUUGUCAUCCUUUUGGAGAGUUUCUUUUUAAAAUGGUAACUACUGUAUAUAUGCAAACAGACGCCCGGUGCUCUCUGCAGUUGAGUACAGUGGAACCUGGUUUUACGAACCUAUUUGGUUCUUGAAUAGUGUUCUUAAAUCAACAAGUAUGUACAGUGAAGGAAAUUUCUCCAUAAAAAACAAUGUAAAUAUGAAUAA